UGGGUGGUUUCUGUGUGAGUGUGAAGUAUGAACAAAACACAGAAAACGAGUGAGAUUGAGAGAGGGAGUGGAGAAAGCUGUGUGAAGCAGAGAAAGGGAAAGACAGAGAAGAAAGAGAGAGGCCCAUAUUCUUUUGGGUUUCUAGUCCCACACCAGGAAGUCAUCUCGGUUGUGCAUAUCGGAUAUUGGGUGAUAGAAGAGAAUGAGCUACAAUAAUCCCACUACUGGUUCUGGUAGUGGAACUGCUAGAGGGAGGUUUGAGUUUGGGAGGACACAUGUGGUCAGGCCAAAAGGGAAACACCAAGCAACUAUAGUUUGGCUACAUGGCCUUGGUGAUAAGGGCUCAAGUUGGUCCCAGCUCUUGGAAACCCUUCCUCUUCCAAAUAUCAAGUGGAUUUGCCCUACUGCUCCUUCUCGGCCUGUAGCAUUAUUUGGUGGAUUUCCUUGCACUGCUUGGUUUGACAUGGGGGACAUUUCAGAAGAUGCUCCUGAUGACAUGGAGGGGUUAGAUGCCUCAGCAGCGCAUGUUGCAAAUCUCUUGUCAACAGAGCCUGCUGAUAUAAAAUUAGGUGUUGGAGGCUUCAGCAUGGGUGCUGCAACUGCCCUCUACUCUGCCACAUGCCGCGCUUUAGGGCAAUAUGGAAAUGGAAACCCAUAUCCAGUUAACCUUAGUGCAAUUGUUGGUCUAAGUGGCUGGCUGCCAUGUUCGAGGACCUUAAGGAACCGGAUGGAGGGGUCGCAUGAGGCUGCAAGGCAUGCAGCAUCCUUGCCCAUUUUGCUGUGUCAUGGCUCAGGUGAUGAUGUGAUUGCACAUAAACAUGGAGAGAAAUCCGCACAGACCUUAAGUGCAGCUGGAUUUCGAAAUCUCAUGUUUAGAACAUACAAUGGUCUGGGCCAUUAUACCAUCCCUGAAGAAACCGAUGAAGUUUGUGCUUGGCUGACUGCAAGUUUGGGGCUUGAGGGAUCCCGAUCUUACUAGUCGAAAAGCAACGAAUGGUGAAUGAUGAGAUAGUAUGCAUGGGGAUUAAUUACAAAUGACCAGGAGUUCAUAGACAAAAAGGGACAAGAAGAGGGCAUUCCGACUAGAAUAGAUGGUGGUUUGGGGAUACAUAUAUGUUAGUUGAAGUUCUUAUGAUUUCUCUCUGGUUCCCUUUCCUUUUCUUACAAUAAUGUCUCGCUCUUGGAGUCGAGGGUGGGGGAAUGGGAGCCAGAUGCGGUUCUCUUUGUUCACAUUCACUGAUAUUUGUUGUUUGAUAAUGAAGUAUUUUAUGCCCAAAAAUUAUAUAAUGAAGUGUUUUGUUUUAUUUCUUC